GUACCUCCAGUGAUGUUUAUUUCAGGAAACGGGACAGUCAGUAAUACAACUACAUUCUCGGCUGGUGCACGAGUCGCAGGAAAGCAUGUUGAUGUCCAUAUGAUCAGGAUAUAAAGAUGGUGUUUGAGUCUGUGGUGGUCGAUGUCUUGAACAGAUUUCUGGGAGAUUAUGUGGGGAACCUCGACAGCUCGCAGCUCAGUCUCGGCAUAUGGGGAGGUGAUGCCAUAUUGAGAAACCUGAUAAUAAAAGAAAAUGCCCUGAGUCAACUAGACAUUCCUUUUAAAGUCCGGGCGGGACACAUAGGUCGCUUGGAAUUGAAAAUCCCAUGGAAAAACCUGUACACUCAGUCUGUGGAGGCAACGCUAGAUGAAGUCUAUCUGCUUAUCGUACCCACUGCUAGUAUAAAGUAUGAUGCCGAAAAAGAGGAGCGUCAGCUGCAGGAGGCGCGGCAGAGGGAGCUACAGCGCAUUGAGGAGACCAAACAGAAAGCUGCAGAGAAAGAGAAUCCAAAAGCUGAAAAGCAGGAUACAUUUGUGGAGAAACUGGUCACACAGGUGAUCAAAAACCUACAAGUGAAAAUCUCCAACAUACACGUCCGUUAUGAGGAUGAUGUCACCAAUCCCAACUGUCCGCUGUCAUUCGGAGUGUCCCUGCAAAACCUCAGUCUUCAGACAGCUGAUCAGAAUUGGAAUCCCUGUCUUCUGGAUGAGAAAGCCAAGCUGUUUUUUAAGCUUGUGCGUUUGGACAAUCUCUUUGCUUAUUGGAAUGUGAAUUCUGAACUCUAUUCCUACCACAGUCCUGAUGAAGCUCUGCGACUCCUAAGGCACAGUGUAGCCGUCAAGAAUGCCAUCCCUCAAGAUUAUCAUUUCAUCUUUCGUCCAAUAUCUGCAAAUGCCAAACUACGGAUGAAUCCUCGCUCGGAUGUGGACUUCUCAUCUCCAAAAGUGGAUCUUGUUGUCAACCUGCCUGAGGUUGCAGUCGAGCUUAGCCGGCCACAGUACGUCAGCAUUCUGGAGCUUUUGGGCUCGGUGGAUAUGAUGACUCGUAAUCUUCCAUACAGGAAAUAUCGUCCAAACGUGCCAGUUCACACUAAUGCUCGACAGUGGUGGAGAUAUGUGAUCACGGGCGUUUUGGAGGUGAAUGUCAAGCCCAGCCUUCACAUGUGGUCAUGGCGUCACAUUCGGCGUCAUCGGCAACAUGUGAAAAAGUACAGAGAGCUCUACAAGAACAAGAUCAUCAGCAAGAAACCUGCAGAUGCUCUGCUGAAGGAGCUUGAGGAAAAUGAAAAAACUCUGGAUAUAUUCAACAUCACCAUGGCGAGACAGCAGGCUGAGAUGGAGGCGUCAAAGGCAGGCCUGCGAAUAUAUCGUCCUGGGGUGAAAGUGGAGGAAGAGCAGUCACAGGGUUGGUUCGGCUGGAUGUGGAACUGGUCUGGAGACAGCGCUACACCAACUACAGAUGUCAAAACAGGAGGUUUUGAUGACUUGAUGACCCCAGCAGAAAAAGCCAAACUGUAUGCUGCUAUUGGAUACAGCGAGACAGCCGUCAAUCCUAACCUGCCAAAAAAUUUUGAGAGUAUGAAGAUCAAUUUUCAGCUGCUCAACCUGUCGCUGUCGAUCAAAGAGAGUCGAGAAAAGCCGGAGAUAAUCAAACUGUCUGUCAUUGAUCUGAAGGCCAUGCUGGCGCAAAGACCUGCAGCUCAAGCGAUAAAGAUCUCUGCCCAGCUGUCAUCAUUCGAAGUGUCCGGUCUUCCGCGUGGCCAGAAGCCCCCCAUCCUGUUGUCACCUCGUCAUGAGGCCGGGGCAAAGGAUAAGACUCUCCUGAAUCUCAUGUUUGAGACCAAUCCACUGGAUGGGCUUUCAGACCAGAAACUACACAUAGAUUCUCGACCUCUUGAGAUCAUCUAUGAUGCUAUGACUGUAAACAGUUUGUCAGCUUUCUUCAUGCCUCCGAAAGACCUGCAGCUGGAUGAACUGACCAAUGCCACCCUCAUGAAGCUGGAGCAGUUCAGAGACAAGACCUCUACAGGACUCAUGUACAUCAUUGAAACUCAGAAAGUCCUCAAUCUGAACAUCAACCUCAUGGCUUCAUACGUCAUUGUACCAGAAAACGGCUUUUAUGACCCCAAACACAACCUUGCCAUUCUGGAUUUAGGUCAUUUUGAGAUGUCCAGUAAGAGCAGAGCUGGACUCCCUCAGCUUUCUAUAGGCAGUAGCACCAUAGAGGACAUCAUGUCUAGAGCGUAUGACAGCUUUGAUGUCCAGCUGAGCAGCUUACAGUUCCUCUACACCAAAGCAGGUGGUGACUGGAAGAGGGCGCGUCCGCUCAGACAAUCAUCCUUUCACAUCCUGGAGCCUGUCGAUCUGAAGGUGGUCUUUAGUCGAGCUAUGGUGGUGACGGACCCCAGAAUGCCCAAGUUUAAGAUUUUUGGUGAACUCCCUCUGCUGUCUCUGCGCAUCUCUGAUGAUAAAGUGCGUGGUGUCCUGGCAUUGCUCAGCAGCAUUCCUCUUCCAGAGAGCCGUCCCGCCCCGACUAAAGCAUCACCGGUCACACCCAAGGUCUCCAAGCGAGGGAACACUCCUCAGCUCACCCCUCGAAGACCAGCCAUAGAUGACCUGCGUGCAUCCAUCAUAUAUGGCUCAGAUGAGGAAUUGUUCUUCGAUGCUCCUAGUUCACCAGUAGAAGAUUUGCCGUUCUUUGAGGCGUCAUCUGACUCCCUGCAGAUGUCUGCCGAUAAGAGAAUGUCUAUGGUGCUAAAGGAUCCCAAGAAGAACAUGACAGAGUUCUCCAUGAAUUUUGAGAUCAAUAAGCUUUCUGUUCAGCUGUGUCGCUUGUCGAAGGGACAGGAAGUGAGCGUCCUCCAUCUGUUUAUUGACGGUUUAGGGACUGAACUCAAUCUUCGCACCUUUGAUAUGUCAUCAAAAACCUUCCUAAAGGAGAUCUGCCUUGAGUGUUCAGAGUACCUGGAUUCGGAAGACAAGAAGGUUCACCUUAUCACAACUUUGGACAAUACUGAGGAAGAUCUGCUCAUGCUGGAAUACAUUAAAGCUGACAAAAACGCCCCUGAUUUUAAAACUAUGUAUAAAAACACAGAGCAGCUGAUCAAGGUGAAUUUCUCCUCGCUGGAUGUACAUCUGCACACCGAGGCGCUCCUCAACUCUAUGAAUUUCCUAAAUAACCUCCUCCCACCUCUCAAGAAAGACACACAAGGGGACCAGCCUCUCCCUACAAUAGAGGAGGAGGAGGAAGAGGAGUCAAAAGUAGAGGAAUCUGCUGUCACCAAAUCUGCCAGUAAGAAGUCAAAGUAUGAAGAUGUGGUGAAUUUGCACAUCCGAGCGGACAUGAACUGUCUGAAGGUUUUCAUAAGAGGAGAGAAAGCCAGAAUCUCUGAGAUCAGCAUUGAAGGGCUGGUUUCUGAAGUUCAGAUGAUGAAGAAGUCAGUGGAGAUUCUGGCUAACCUGAAAAACAUUGUAAUUCUGGAUUGUGACAAAGAGGCUCUGUACAAAAAGGCGGUGUCCAUUGUAGAUAAAGAGGUGUUUAAAUUCCACAUGGUGAACCUUGUGGACGCAACAGAAGGCGACGCCUACAUGGACAUGCACAUUGUGGACACUAGUGUAACACUAUCUGUUGGCUGCAUUCAGGUCAUUUUCCUCAACAAGUUUGUGUCCUCGAUACUGGCAUUCGUUAACAAUUUUCAGGAAGCAAAAAACGCUUUAGCAGAGGUGACGGCUCAGGCAGCUGAAAAGGCUGCUACAGGGGUCCUGGAGCUGGCAGAGAGAAGCACACGGAUCUCCCUGGAUGUGAAUAUCAAAGCCCCAGUUGUCUUCCUGCCACAAUCUUCUGUCUCUCACAAUGUCAUUGUGGCAGAUCUGGGUUUAGUAACUGUGAAGAACCACUUUGAGAUCGUCUCCUCUCCAACCCACACCAAGAUCCCACCUGUGAUGGACAUCAUGGCUGUGGGACUGAGUGAUCUUAAGAUGUUCAGAACCACCUUUAGCGAUGGAAAAUUUAAGGAUGAGAUUCAGUUGCUCAAACCGGUUAAUAUGGACCUGUCAAUCAAACGAAAUCUCUCCGCCUCCUGGUAUCAUAGCAUUCCUGACAUACAGAUCAAUGCACAUCUAAAACCCAUGAGUCUGAUCUUGAGUCAGGAGGAUCUGACUAUAGUUUUGAAAACUCUAAGUGAGAAUCUUUCAGAGUCUUCUGAUGUUCCUCAAGCUCCAUCCAGCUCUGAUAAAGGAGACACUGUGUCCACCAAAGACUCUCAGGGCUCGUCAGGUAAACGGAACAUGGUUGUGACGGCAGCAGUGGUGGAGGGCCAGAAACCAGGCAAACUGAAGACCACUUUGAAACUGGACUUCAAGUUUGACUCCAUGACCCUGGUCCUGUACAGCCCAAAUGCCAACGAGAUCUGUUUGCAGGACUCACGUGAUGAGAGUGUUAAGUUGGCAGAGUUCACGCUGGGCACCAUCUCCACUGCGGUCCACAUGUAUUCUGAUAGCUCAAUGAAAGCUUCCCUCAAACUCACAAACUGCCUGCUGGAUGAUAAAAGACAGAAAGUGAAAAUGAUCACAUCCAGGAUGAUGGCCAUGCGUCAGGGCAGGGAAGACAAUGUGAUGGUUGACAUGAGUUAUAGGCAAGGCCGGGACGGCACAAUUCUGGACACUUUGAUUCAGGACUUCUACCUGUGUGCCAGCAUGGAGUUUUUGCUCACGGUAGCGGAUAUUUUUCUUAAAGCAAUGGCAGAUGGCUUCUCUAGUCCUCCAAAGGCCAACAAACAGCCAGCCAGUUCAUCUAAAGACAUAGCAGUUCCCGCUCAACCAGUGGUAGCCAAGACUGAGAUGAAAGUUGUGGUAAAGAAUCCUGAAAUCGUUUUCGUGGCCGACCUCACGCGCGCUGAUGCCCCGGCUCUUGUUGUGACGACCCAGUGCGAGCUGCUGAUGAAGAGCGAGCCCAGUGGACAGUCGAUGACGGCAGUAGUCUCGGAUCUAAAGGUGGUGGCGUGUCCGUUCCUGAGGGAGAAGCGCGAGAACAAUGUGACGACGGUGCUUCAGCCCUGCGAGGUUUUCUUCCAGAGCAGCCAAUCACCGACUCAACCUCAGACCAUCGAACUGUCCAUCAGCUCGCUCACACUUAAGGUUUCUCCCAUCAUCAUAAACACUGUCAUCAUCAUUCAGUCAGCACUAAGCCCUGUAGCCGAGACCCCGGAGGAGUUGAAAAGCCCUGUGCCUUAUGAUCUGUGGGAACGUCGUAGCCUACAAGACUUAAAGCUCUGGUUUCUUGAGGAGGGGGGUGAAGAAGACACCCGGUCCGUCAUUCCUCUCAUUCCACAGGGAGAAUCUAUGAAUAUGAACAUCGGCUCCAUCUGUCUGACGCUAGAGGCUGGCGUGGGGCAUCGUACCGUGCCCAUGCUCCUGGCCAAAGCCUCGUUCCAGGGAGAUGUGAAGAACUGGAGCACUCUCAUUAACCUUCACUGUCAUCUGGACCUGGAGGUAAAUUAUUAUAAUGAGAUGAUGGGUUUGUGGGAGCCGCUGUUGGAGCCGCUGGACGAUGAGGGCAAAGAUGGAUUUAGACCCUGGACAUUAGCUCUUAAGAUGAAAAAGAAACCAGUGGUGUAUUCUGGAGUAUCCGAUGAGGUGGACGGCGGCGUGCCUGAUUAUAAAACGGUCAUCUGCCUUGCAAGCAAAGAUCAGCUCAACAUCACGCUCUCCAAGUGUGGUUUGCAUAUGCUCAGUAAUCUGGGAACGGCGUUUGCAGAGGCUGCUAAGCAGACGGCCGAGUGCAUUCAGACAGACCAGGCUCCAUUUGUGGUAAAAAAUCACUUGGGAUUGGCCGUGUCGGUGCUUUGCAGCGAAGUAUUUCGACCUCUUGGUAAAGAGUCUGUAAACCGUGUGGUGGAGCUUCAAGAUGGAGAAAGUCUAAAUAUGGACUACACAGCGGAGUCCAGUGACCAGUUCUCUGCCAUGACCAGUCUCAGCACCAAAAACUACAUAGAGCCAACUCCUGUUGGCCACAGUACCGCAAACAUCUUGCCACUGAUCAAAACAGGACUGGGUAUGUACAGCGUAGUACACUGUGACUCGCAUGUCACACGUUUCUUUGUGUGCCAGAUUUAUACUGUCGAGGGCAGCAAAUAUGUCAAGAUCCGCUCUCCCUUCCAGAUCGUAAAUCAUUUCUCCAUACCGUUCCGGGUUUACGAGGGUUCGGUGUGUCUGGGAAUGUCUCUGCCUACAGAGGAAUUCUGUGUGCCAUUGGGUUCCUACAGGGCUGAGCUGAGCUUGCAGCCUGUACCAGAAGGUGAGGAAGUGUACGAUCGCUCGGAGGGCUUCACAUACAAUGAGGUGAUUCAGAAACCCGGAGAGUGUUUACAGAAAACCUGCCAUCAUCAAGGAGACAGCGCCCUGAUGAUGAAGGUCAACAUGGUCCCUCUCCCAGACACUGUGACAUCACACAGCACUGAGGAAGAGUUUGACAAGCCCUUCGUUCUGCACCUGUGGCCCACCGUUCUCCUCAGGAACCUUCUGCCGUACCCCAUCACGUGCAGGUUAAAGGUUAAUGGAGAUUCUCCCCCCGCUUUACUAAAAGAGGGCCACUCCUCUCAAAUCCACACGGCUAUCAUGGAUUUUUCCAUUUUGGAGCUGAAGCUUCUUGGAUAUCUGCAGCAGGAUUGGGAAGCCCAAUACCAUAUCUCCAGCGAUCAAGAAGAGAUCAGCUUUAUCAAAUUCCAUUCGAUAAGAUUGGACGAAGAAACCGAGGCGAAAGCAGAGCUAGACAUUGCUGUCCACGUUAAGAAGGAGGAGGGUCAAGUGGUCGUGGCCAUUCACUCACCGUAUUGGAUGGUGAAUAAGACGGGCAGACUGCUGCAGUAUAAGGCGGAUGAUAUUCAUCGCAAACAUCCGAAGGAUAACGACAUGCCCCUCCUCUUCUCCUUCAAGCCGCGCAACUUCCUGCAGAACAACAAGGUUCGCUUGAUGAUCUCUGAAAGCGAGUUGUCGGAUGAUUUUUCCAUUGAUACGGUUGGGAGUUACGGGGAUGUCAAAUGCAAAGGAAGGCAGAAGGAUUACAUGGUUGGGGUGAAGAUCGAUGCAUCCAGCUUCAGUUUGACACGGUUGGUGACAUUCCUGCCCUUCUACAUGCUGGUGAACAGAACCAAGCACUUGAUCUGGGUUUGUGAGGAGGGACAGGAACACUGGACAGAAGCCCGACCUGGACAGGCCGCCGUUCCAUUCUGGCCAGAAAGAGACUCGAAGAAACUUCGAGUCAAAGUUGAAGGCUGUCAAUCAUCUCCACGGGCCUUUGAUUUCCACCAACCAGAGAACUGCCUCUUGCUGCACCUGGACAAAACUCUGGGUGGCAUCAUUGUAGACGUGAACUUGACAGAACAUUCUGCUGUCAUCCGCUUCUCUGAUUAUCACGAUGGCGCCGCUCCGUUCCUCCUCAUCAACCACACAAAAGAUGAAACGCUGCACUUUCACCAAAGUUGCAGAAAGCCGAAAGGUUCUACUUGGGUUCCAGAUGAUAUACUGGAUGUUUCUUUAUCAUUGGGGGAUGAGACUGAGUCCCUCUGCUCUCAGGCUGAAAUCGAUGAGCUGGGUCCGGGUCAGGCAGUGUACUACACGUGGGCCGAGCCCACCGGCUCUCGAAUCUUAAGAUGGAGAUGGGGCAAGUUUAAAGGAGAACUCAAAAGUGAAGAGGAUCAGUUGUUGGACAUGAACAAGGAGGGAAAACUGUUUGUCAUCUCAUUUUACGAAGGCCUCCAACGCGUGGCGCUUUUUACCACAGACCGCCAUGUUUACAAGCUCAUUUGCGACAGUGAAAAAAUGGAGGUGGCUCAACAGGAAAUCAGCAUCUUGUUACAGAACAUUGGCGUUUCAUUGGUCAACAACACCAACAGCCAGGAGGUGGCCUAUAUUGGCAUCACCAGUUCUGAUGUGGUCUGGGAGACUAAACUCAAGAAACGCAGCCGCUGGAAAUGUAUGAGCGGUAAAGAGGUUGUACAGUUGGAGCAGCACUACCAGGCGUAUAUGGAGAAUGGCCCGGUGGACAGCGCUCUCAUCGACCUAGAGAACGACUACCAGGUGUUGUUUUCUGCUAAUGGUGUGGACAUGAGAGUAUUACAGCCCUUCGAUGCUCCUCUCAGGAGGAACUUCCUCCCAGCACUGAAGGUGGAGUACAGCGUCUCGGCCCGCCAGAAAACCUACAGGGUCCAGAUCAACAGAAUUCAGAUCCAGAAUCAGUUGCCUGGAGCCAUCUUCCCAUUUGUGUUCUACCCUAUUAAACCACCCAAGUCGGUCAGCAUGGACUCAGAGCCUAAACCACUUGCCGAUGUCAGCAUCAUUACCAGAGCGGCCGGGCACUCGGACAUCCUGCGCAUCAAGUAUUUUAAGGUGUUGAUUCAGGAGAUGGACCUGCGGAUGGACCUUGGUUUCCUGUAUGCCAUAUUAGAGCUCUUCACUGCCGAGCACGCAAGUGCCGUCACGUCUGAACAAGAGGUCGAGUUGUUUGAAAAGGAUAUUGAGUAUUUAAAGACGGAGUUGAAUCACGUUUCAGCGACCGACACGUCUGCCAUUAGCCUGUAUGAGUAUUUUCACAUCUCUCCCAUAAAGCUUCAUUUGAGUUUUUCUCUGAGCUCCGGGGGUGAAGAUGGGAAUAAGAAAGAGAGAGAGACUGAGAUCAUUCCUGUUCAAUCUCUCAACCUUCUGCUGAAGAGUAUCGGAGCCACGCUCACUGACGCUCAGGACGUCCUAUUCAAGUUGGCCUUCUUCGAGUUGACGUAUCAGUUUCGUACCACCCAGCAGUUACAGUGGGAAGUGAUCCGGCAUUACUCCAAACAGGCGAUCAAGCAGAUGUACGUUCUGGUUUUGGGUUUGGAUGUGCUAGGUAAUCCGUUCGGACUGAUCCGCGGUCUCUCUGAAGGAGUUGAGGCCUUCUUUUAUGAGCCCUACCAGGGAGCCAUACAGGGCCCAGAGGAGUUUAUGGAAGGAAUGGCACUCGGUGUGAAAGCACUGGUUGGAGGGGCUGUGGGCGGUCUUGCGGGAGCUGCAUCUCGGAUCACAGGGGCGAUGGCUAAAGGUGUGGCUGCCAUGACGAUGGAUGAGGAAUAUCAGCAAAAGAGACGAGAAGCAAUGAAUAAACAGCCCAGCGGUCUCAGAGAGGGCCUGGCGCGGGGAGGGAAAGGACUCGUAUCUGGGUUUGUGAGUGGCAUCACUGGAAUCGUGACUAAACCCAUUAAAGGAGCUCAAAAAGAAGGGGCAGCCGGAUUCUUUAAGGGCAUGGGAAAAGGUUUGGUUGGAGCUCUGACCAGACCAACAGGUGGCAUCAUUGACAUGGCCAGCAGCACCUUUCAAGGCAUCAAAAGAGCUGCAGAGACGUCUCAGGAUGUGGUGAGUUUACGUCCACCGCGUUUCUUUCACGAAGAUGGAGUCAUCCGGCCGUAUAAGGAGAGAGAGGGAAUAGGCAGCCAAAUGCUACAGAGUAUUGAAAACGGGCGGUUUGCAAAAUAUAGGUAUUUUGCUCACGCUAAGGUGAAUGACUCAGAUUUCCUGAUGAUUACAAAAAGGGGAAUAUUUUUCGUGACAAAGGGAACGUUUGGUCAGUUGACAUGUGAAUGGCAGUAUCUCUUUGACGAGUUUACUAAAGAUCCUAUGAUCGUGGAGGGCCGAAGACUACGCAUAGAAGCGAAGGAAAGAGUUAAAUCUGUGUUUCAUGCCAAAGAGUUUGGAAAGAUCAUCAAUUUCAAAACUCCAGAAUUAGCCAAGUGGGUUCUUGCCAAGCUUGAAGAUGCCAGGGAAGGUCUGAGAAAAUAACCUCCAUCUGUGUACGGUCAGAACGACCAAGACGCUCCUGCGCUCGGCUGUGCCUUUAGUGCUGCGUUUGCAGUGUGCCACUUUACGUUAUUACCCAUAAUGCAACAGUCAUUCACUGAACUCUUGUAACAUGACUGUUAGACUGUAUGCAUGUGUAUAUGCGUGUUUACAUUACGUUGCAUCUUCCCAUAACCACCCGUUGGUUUACAGACAUUGUUUUCGCAGCUCAAUCUGCAGAAAGUGAACAUAAAAACUCAUUUCCAUGUUACGUCCUUUACAACGUGCCACUACACACAGAUCAGUGACUGUAUUCACAUGGCAGAUCCUAAUUCAGAUGUCUUUAAUUUACACUAAUUUUAUAAGCGUAUUUAAUAAAGACCAAUACACUGUAUGUAUAUCAUUUGUCUUUUUAAAAUGGUGAAUGUGUGUGAGAUUUAAAACAAACCUUGUUCGAUAAAUGGUAAUGUGUAAGAGAGCAGGGAUAUUUUUACAUGUGGCUUUUGCAUGAAAUCUUAUUGUUUUGCUCAUUGUCUGUUUAUUUAAAUUCAAAGCUUUGUCCCAGUACUCUGCAGUAAAUAAUGAGUAAAUACUGUACUAAGAUAAAUACUUGCUUUUGACUGGUUCAUUUUUUUUUAAUGAUGAUACAUAAAAGUAUUUAUAACAAAUAUGCAACCGUCUAUCAUUUAGCCUUUUAGUGAACCUACCACUUCCUUUUUACAGUAAAACUUCAUCAAUAAAGAAUCACACAUGGAAAUCAAAA